GGCAUCACAUCGAGAACCUGGAUCUCUUCUUCUCUCGCGUCUAUAACUUGCAUCAGAAGAAUGGCUUCACCUGCAUGCUCAUUGGAGAGAUCUUUGAGCUCAUGCAGUUCAUCUUCGUGGUGGCAUUCACCACCUUUCUUAUCAGCUGUGUUGAUUAUGACAUCCUUUUUGCCAACAAAGCAGUUAAUCACAGCCAGCAUCCCAGUGAGCCCAUUAAGGUGACUCUGCCAGAUGGCUUCCUGCCUCCAAAUGUCUGCAGUGCAAGAAUCCAGGCAAACAGCUUCCUCAUCUGCAUCCUGGUGAUAGCUGGGGUUUUCUGGAUCCACCGACUCGUCAAAUUUAUCUACAACAUUUGCUGCUACUGGGAGAUUCACUCUUUCUACAUCAAUGCCCUCAAAAUCCCCAUGUCCACCCUGCCCUACUACACCUGGCAGGAGGUGCAGGCCCGCAUCGUGCAGAUCCAGAAGGAGCACCAGAUCUGCAUCCACAAGAAGGAGCUGACGGAGUUGGACAUCUACCACCGCAUCCUCCGCUUCAAGAACUACAUGGUGGCCAUGGUGAACAAGUCGCUGCUGCCCAUCCGCUUCCGCCUGCCCCUGCUGGGAGACACGGUCUUCUACACGCGUGGGCUCAAGUACAACUUUGAGCUCAUCUUCUUCUGGGGGCCUGGCUCCCUCUUUGAGAACGAGUGGAGCCUGAAGGCUGAGUACAAGCGGGCCGGGAACCGCCUGGAGCUGGCUGAGAAGCUCAGCACUCGCAUUCUCUGGAUUGGCAUUGCUAACUUCCUCCUCUGCCCCCUCAUCCUCAUCUGGCAGAUCCUCUAUGCCUUCUUCAGCUACACGGAGAUCCUGAAGCGGGAGCCGGGCAGCCUGGGUGCCCGCUGUUGGUCUCUCUACGGCCGCUGUUACCUCCGUCACUUCAACGAACUGGACCACGAACUUCACUCACGCCUCAGCAAGGGGUACAAGCCAGCUUCCAAGUACAUGAACUGCUUUAUCUCCCCGCUCCUCACCAUCGUGGCCAAGAACGUGGCCUUCUUCGCUGGCUCCAUCCUGGCUGUGCUCAUCGCUCUCACCAUCUAUGAUGAGGACGUGCUGGCAGUCGAGCACGUCCUGACCACGGUCACCCUGCUCGGGGUGGGCAUCACGGUGUGCAGGUCUUUCAUCCCUGACCAGCACCUGGUAUUUUGCCCAGAGCAGCUGCUGCGAGUCAUCCUGGCCCACAUCCACUACAUGCCUGACCACUGGCAGGGCAAUGCCCACCGCUACGAGACCAGGGACGAGUUUGCCCAGCUCUUCCAGUACAAAGCGGUCUUCAUCCUGGAGGAGCUCCUGAGUCCCAUCAUUACACCGCUGAUUCUCAUCAUUUGCCUGCGGCCCAAGUCUUUGGACAUCGUUGACUUCUUCCGCAACUUCACCGUGGAAGUGGUGGGCGUGGGCGACACCUGCUCCUUUGCCCAGAUGGAUGUGCGCCAGCACGGCCACCCGGCGUGGAUGUCGGCGGGAAAGACGGAGGCCUCCAUUUACCAGCAGGCCGAGGACGGCAAGACGGAGCUGUCUCUCAUGCACUUUGCCAUCACCAACCCGAAGUGGCAGCCGCCUCGUGAGAGCACGGCCUUCAUCGGCUUCCUGAAGGAGCGGGUCCACCGGGACAGCAGCCUGGCACUGGCUCAGCAAGCUCGUCUGCACAGGACAGCAAUUCUCUCCCUUUCAACUCUGCAGCCUCACAGCCUGAUUGCCAAUGUUAUAGCGUCCUCGGCACUGGGCUUCCACAUGGGCCGGGACGGACAGGUCUCCCGCCAUCUCUCUGAAGUGGCCUCGGCCCUGCGUUCCUUCUCCCCGCUCCAGUCUGCCCAGCAGCCUCCCAGUGGCUUCCAGACGGCGGGAAGGGAUGGAGAGGGAGCCCAGCCUCGGGGCGCCAGUGCCAUGACAGCCUCUGGGUAAGCUGCAGGCUGGAAGGGUGUGUUCGGGCACCUGGAUUCUCGCACACAGCUGACUCACCCGUGUUUUGACCUGCAGUUGCACAAGCAGCACGCCCAGCUGGAGCCCGAGCGGCACACUUGGCACCGGCGGGAGAGCGAUGAGAGUGGGGAAAGCGCCCACGAGGAGCUGGAUGCUCAGCGGAGCGCCUCCGUCCCCCCUGCCGAGGAGACAGCCACGCUGCAGACCGGCUUCCAGCGACGGUAUGGCGGCAUCACAGACCCAGGCACAGUACACAGAGCCCCAUCACACUUCUCUCGCCUCCCUCUGGGAGGCUGGGCUGAGGACGGGCAGUCAGCGAGACACCCAGAGCCCGUGCCAGAGGAGAGCUCAGAGGAUGAGCUUCCACCGCAGAUCCACAAG